AUGGAGCCAUCGAACUCCGAGUUAACUAUGCCAAUUGAAUCUUCAUCGACGUUGGCUUCUCACUCCUCAAAUUCUUCGCAAACUGAGAUCAGAGUUGAGCAUGUCAAACACAGUUGGACAGUGAAGAAUUUUUCGCAUUGUUACCAGGAAUAUUUGGAAAAUUUUGUUCACUUACAUCGCGGUGAAGAUACCCUUACCUGGUCCAUCAAAAUUUAUCCUAAAGGAAAUGGUGAAAACAACAAAGAUUUUGUCUUUUUAUGUCUUAAUAGAGUGGUCAGUAAUACGAAUGCACCGUGCAAGAAUGGGAAAAUUGGCUUCAAAUCCCGCUUCAUUUUACGUACCAGCGAAAUGAAAGAGAUCGAAAUGCGUAUUCAUCCAAACCCUUCCCAUUCAGACUAUGUAUCGUAUAUAAAACGAGAUGUUCUAUUUCCGCAGAUACUGCCAAAUGAUUCAAUUAUUGUGAAUGUUGAAAUAGAUGUAGCUGUGGAAACUGUUACGACAACGCUAGAGGAUAUGUUAACUAGUAAUAGCGAGCAACAACUAACGGAGGAUUAUUUGAAAAUGUUGAAGGAUAAUGUGUUGACUGAUUUCGCAAUAAAAGUAGGCGAGCGAGAGAUUAGAGUUCAUCGUGCUAUCUUAGCAGCCAGAUCUCCGGUCUUUGCUGCUAUGUUAAGGCAUGAAGAUACGAAUGAAGCAAAAACGGGUAUAAUGGUGAUCGAAGAUUUGGAAUAUGAUACAGUUACGGAAAUGCUUAAUUUCAUUUAUUGUGGACGUUGUUUGAGAGAUGUUAAUGAAUUCGCAUUUGCUUCCGAUUUAUUAAUUGCUGCAGACAAGUAUAGACUUGAGGAAUUAAAAAGUCACUGUGAGAAAGCCUUAAUUCAGGCGUUGACAUUUGAAAAUGUUUGUGAAUUGCUCAUCGUUUCGGAUAUCUACAGCGCACCACGUCUUAGACAUCGUGCCGUGGAAUUUAUCAUCCAGCAUCCACGAAACAUUACAUCCACGCCAGGUUGGGACAAUGUUGUUAAACAACAUCAUGAUCUUGUGACGGAUAUUGUUCGUCACUUCGAUAAAUCAUCUGACAGAGGUAACUCAUAG